AAAAUCUUUUCUUUUUUUUUUUUUUUUAAUAUUUCCACAAGAGAGCAGAGACAGUGAAAAGCCCUAAUUCCUCUUGCUAUUCCAAUCUCAAAUUCCCAUUUCCAGAGAGGUUUAACUUUGUAGGGUUUAUCAAAACGAUCAACAAUGCACAGAAGAUGUACGACGCCAUUGAUGAACUCAAUUCGAAGCUUCAGUAGCAAAAAUACCAGUGAUAAGAUUGUUGCAUCAGUUCUCUUUGAGAGGCUUCCUGUUGUCAUCCCCCAAAUUGAUCCUAUCAUUUACGCAUUUCAGGAGUUCUCGUUCCGAUGGAAGCAACAAUAUAGAAGGAUGUAUCCUGAUGAAUUUUACAAGAAAUACGAAUCCAGGGGUAAGGGUGACUAUCAAAUCGAUUACGAACCUGCUCCUCGGAUCACUAAAGCUGACAAAACAAAUGACCGAAGGUCUUUGCAAAGGGCACUUGAUCGGAGGCUCUAUCUUCUCCUUCAUGGAACUACUAAUGCCUCUGCUGAUGGGAAACCUGUUUGGCAUUUUCCAGAAAAGGUUUAUAAGAAUGAAGAGACGCUGCGGAAGUGCGCUGAGUCUGCCCUUCAAUCAGUUCUAGGUGACCUCAAACACACAUAUUUUGUCGGAAAUGCACCCAUGGGCCAUAUGGUGCUGGAGCCUGCAGAUAAAGCCGGUCCAUUGAAGAGAUUCUUCUUCAAAUCGCAAGUAAUUGCUACGAACAAGUUUGACAUUGGUGGAUGUGAUGAUUUUGUUUGGGUAACCAAGGAUGAACUACUUGAGUAUUUCCCUGAUCAAGCUGAGUACUUGAAGCAGAUGAUUAUUAGUUGAAUGGUCAUAACCAAAGAUUAGUCGUCUUCCAGGUUUUCUAAUCCCUCCAACUUAUGCGGAUAUGUAUUGUGAUUUGUGAUAAUCAUAAAACCGUUGAUAUGCCAUGAUAGAUUUUGGGGAAACAGAGGGAUUAAGCCAAAUUUCUGUUUUGAUCCUCGAGAAAGGUUAGAUUUUCAAUCGAAGGAGUCGUAAUUCUCAGCAACAUUCGAAAUGCAUUCAGUUUCAAACGUGCAUUUUGAUCUUUCGAGAAAUAAAGUUCAUUGAUGAGGCUAAUGGAACAUUUUUAGUUUGGUUUAAUGCAUCUUGUAGUUAAAACGUAACAUCAACGACAGUUUAGAAUGAGAUGCUUUGACAUUGUUUUUUAUUUUCUUAAGCUCAGCUUGGGUUAAAAUCCACAUACUUAAUUUUUUUUCUUUUCAUUAAUUUUAUUGCUACAAUAUAAAUUCCAUAAUUUCUUUCUCC